AUGUCUAUCGAAGUUGACUGGGCAACAGCCACCUCCGGCCCGGACGGAGAGGCUCUCGCGGAGCGCAUUCGCGCGUUUGUUCAUGACAAGUUCCAGGAGGUGGCCCUCCCACGCUUCAUACGCUCGGUCCAGGUCCAUUCCUUCGACUUCGGCACCAUUGGCCCAGAUCUGGAGAUCAAGGAUUUCUGCGAACCUUUCUCAGACUUUUACGAAGAAGACGACGAUGACACCUCAGCAACCUCCGAGGAGCUUGUCGAGCAAUGGUCGGAUUACGAUGACGAAAUGCCAAUGAACCACACAGCCCACAGCCCUCACAGCUUCAGUCACCACCCAUACCCCGGCGAACAAUUCCAACCAUCCGCCCUCCGAUCUCCGCUCCCCCUGGGCGAUCAUCUCAACCCACACUUCCUACCCCGCUCAGGGACCCCCGGGAUUCCUGGCGGUACUUCAACCCUGGGCUACCAUCUCAUGUCACUGGGGGGUCUAUCCGGAACGCAGACGCCUCUCGCGGCUGUCGCGGGCAGCACACAAUUUGCAAGCGGCUGGUCUGACUCCGGCCUGGCUGCCUACGGUGGAAGACAAGCCCGUCCGUCUCGUCCGUCAGCACACCAACAGCAGCGCCCGGAACCAGACCUCGACACCACACACUCCGCAUCUCGACCCUCCACAGCCUCACACCCCUCUAUCGGCCACACAGGCAGUAGUGGCUCGAACCGUAACAGCGCUGAGCACCCCGCCGAUAUUCCCCAGCCAUCAACUGAGUCCCUUGCAGACGACCCCUCGAUCCCGAUCCCACCUCGAAUGCGCGAGCGCCGACCAGAUGAUUUCCAAGUAUUAUGUCAUGCAAAAUACGCCGGAGAUGUGCGCAUGUCACUUACAGCGGAGAUACUGCUCGAUUAUCCCAUGCCUAGCUUUGUUGGUCUUCCGCUGAAACUUAAUGUGACUGGCAUUACUUUCGAUGGGGUGGCAGUAGUCGCCUACAUCCGCAAGCGCGUGCAUUUUUGUUUCCUGUCUGCAGAGGAUGCGGAUGCACUCCUUGGCUCUGAAACGCAGGGUCAACCCGCUCCAAAUCACGGAGAAGAUGGGCGUCCAAAAUCUGGAGCGGAGCGCGAACAGAAGCGACAGGGUGGGUUGUUGCAAGAGAUUCGGGUAGAAAGUGAAAUCGGCCGAAAGGAAGAUGGGAAGCAAGUUCUAAAGAAUGUGGGUAAAGUGGAGAGAUUUGUACUUGCCCAGGUUCGCCGCAUUUUCGAGGAGGAACUGGUUUAUCCCAGCUUCUGGACUUUCCUGAUCUAA